CUGAAGAUCUAAAAGAAAAAAAAAGAAUAGAUAUCAAGUAUCUUUCGAAACAUAAUCUUCCAAAAUAAUCACAACAGUUCUCGACCAAACUAUUACAAUUGAAAGAUACGGAGAAAGUAUAAAUUGUGAAAUAUAAAAAUGCAAUUUUUAAGAACUAGUAGUGCAGUUAAAGGAGCGUUAGAGAUGGAGACGAUGCCAGAAGUCGAAUUAACAAGAUUAAGGAGGCAAUAUAGAAUAAUGGAAAAUGAUCGUUUGAAAUGUGCAGAGGAAGGUGGUCUUCAGCUUCGUAAUCAACAAAUUAUGAUUGCUCGAUUGGAGUAUGAGAAAGCUGAAUUGUUGCUUGCAAUUAGAUCAGCUAAAUCAAAAAAAUUUCUUAAGAAAGAUGAAGCAGACGAUAUCAAAUUAAAAGAGUUAUUCCAGCAACGUUCCAAAUAUAUUGAUUCUAUCAAGUCCGAAAAACAACAAAUUAGUGAAUUAAAUAGGCAAAUUAGGCAGAUAUCGAAAGAAGUUUCAAUGUUAAGAGGAAAGAGUGUAACGGAUGUACAAUCCAAGGAAAAUGCUGUGAAACAUAAUAAACUUGUGUUUAUAUUGGAAAAUCGAUUAGAAGUAGCUACGAGGAGAUUUAAUACAGUUGUAUCAGAAAAUGCUAAGCUUCGUGGAGAGAUUGAGACAUUGUUAAAAGAAAGAGCACAAUUUACAACACUCUGGAAUAAAUUAAUUGGUCAAUUAAAUACUGGAAAGCAAAUUAUUAACGAUUUGAUCGAACAAGCUACUGUAACUUUUAAUCAAAGGGACGAAGAGAUGAACAAGAUUCAAGCUCUUCGUGAAAGAGCAACGAGGGAUCUUAAUGCUCAUACAGCAGAAAUGUGUGAACUCCAAAGAACUCUGGACAAUGAGAUGAAAUUACAGGAAUUCCUUGGGGUCAAAGGUCAAUAUAGAAGAACCGUAGAUUUGCAUGUGAAACAGGAAGCUGAGAGAGCUGCUAAAAGACGAGAACAACAAGAUAAAAUAGCUACUUAUAUGCAUAUUCUUGAAACGAUCAAAGAAUUUACAGGUGAGAGCAAUAUUGACAGAAUUGUAGCUCACUUUGUCAAGCAAGAGGAAGAAAAUUUUGCACUCUUUAAUUAUGUUAAUGAACUCAAUGAUGAAAUGGAGAGUCUUCAAUUAAAGAUGGCUGAGUUGACAGUUGCCAUUGACGAGGCAAGAGCAUUGCAUGAAUUUAGAGAAAAACAACAGGCAGAAACGUUAGAAACUAUUACAAAUCAAUUGGAAGAACAGACUAAGCUUGCGGAUGAUGCUGAAGAAGAACUUUCAAAGUGCGAUGACGAGAUAGAAAAAAUGCUGAAGGGAAUAGAGGCUCUCUUUAAGGCUGUUAAAUGCGAUAAUUCACCUAUUCUACAAUUACUGGGUGACAAUUCUCAUGUUACCAUGGGCAAUGUUAUGCUGUAUCUUGGUAUUAUCGAAAAACGUAUCACAGAAAUGAUGCAUAAAGUUUAUUGGGUCGACAAAGCUACCAAGUCCCAACAAUUAAGACUUGACGAAGACAAAAAACCAAGAUUAAAAAUUCCUUCUCUCACACAAAUUGCUCCUACCCAACCUUGUGCCCUCUGCGUUGAGAAAGAAGAAAUGCAGAUAAUGACCGAAGGCUUAGAAAUUCCACUCUCUCGAGAAGAAGCAAUAGAGAAAUUGAAACAACAUCUAGAAGAUGAUUACUCUGAAUUACUUCAUAAUGUAUCCGGUUGUCAUUUACCAGCUGCUAGAAAAAUCAUGCAAAAACGUUAUCAAGAAUAAUCUUAAAAUAAAGUCAUUAAAUUAAAUUAAUAU